GUAAACAAAAACACAGCCGUAACGAGUGAAGUGCGCAGCCGCGACAGUCAGAAGUCGAAACGAAAUGAAAUAGGACUAGAAAUCGUGAAAGUACGCAAAGUAAAUAAAAACGCAAACGCAAAUGCAAAGUAAAAUGCCGAAAAUAGCCACACUGAGGGUUGAACAACUAAAAGCGUUGCUACGCGAGCGAGACAAAGCAACGGCCGGUACGAAAGCGGAAUUAAAUCAAAGAUUGUGUGAAACGGUUGGCAGUGACGAAAUUGUGGUAGAAAAUGAGAACGAGACGAUGCAAGCACAAAUAAAUGAAUUACGCGAAAUGAUGCAAGGCAUUGCAUCAUUGCUACAAGAACGAAGUAAUAACAAUUUGCAACAACAAACAUGUAGUGACAAAGUGCAACAACAAACACCACAACAAUCUAUCGCGAGUGCCGAAAAUGAAAGAGUAGUUUCUCCGAGACAAAAUUUAGAUUUUUAUAGUGCGCGGUGUUCGGUCAAAGAAAUCGCAGAAAAGUUGCCGACAUUUGAUCCGACUAAUGAGCUUUCGUUGUGCGUUGAAAAAUUUAUUGAACGUGUUGAACAAGCCCGAAGUGCAUACCAGUGGGAAGAAAGAAGUUUAAUGCUGACAGUUUUAGCCGCAUGA